UUAUUAAAGCAGAUUUUUGUACAUUCUAUCGGUGCGCAGAAAAAAGGAGGGACAAAUCGUAGAGGCGGUCCGUCUCUCGUGCGACUUCCUGCAGGCCGCGAAUUGUUACAUUUCGAAAGAGGGGACAGAUAUACGCGGAACUUUCAGCCUUAGCAUCUAAUUUUAGAAUCCGUCUCGUACUCGUGUCUCCAUUUCGAGGGGAGCGGAGUUCGUAGAUGUUAUAUCAAAUACAAAAUCGAUCUGUCCCGAUAGUGAUAACGAUCACGAGAAUGUCUCUGGCGAAAAAGGGGUACGUCUCGCUCGACGAGUUUCGUCGCGCCGUGCACAACGUCGUCUCGCAGGAGCCGCUCGCUGCUCGAUUCGCCAAGUUGUCCACGUCCGGCGACAGACGUGGAAUGGUCGAGAUGCUCACGGAGACGGCCCACGAGCUGAGGCCGGGCGACUCGUACCUGGGUAAGAACGACUCGCAGGCCGUGGGAUUGUACGAGAGAUCGUUGCAGGCGGAGGAGCCUAAUGAUACUCUCACGAAAGCACUGUUUGCGGCCAGUGCGAACGGUCGAGUGUUUCUGGAUGCGCUCUGCGAGCGCGCCAGGCGUUCUUACAGCCUGCGAGCUUACGCGAGCUGUCUGAGAGACUGCGAGUGCAUGCUGGCACUUCCGGCGAGCUUCUAUGACGACUCCGCGGAGAAUGUUAAGUACUUUGUGCAGCGCAGGAAGGGGUGCCUUCAGCUGGAACGGGAGUGCUCCAGGAAACUGGAGGCCGCGAAGAAGCGCACCGCUGGCCGUGGAAAGGCGUCCUCCUCCUCUUCCGGCCCGUCGUCACUCGAGAAGCAGCGCGGCGUCACGACGACGCCGGUCGUCGACGGCAGACGGCACAGCUGCCUCGUGAGCUGUCAGGAUAGCGUGACGCUGCGAUUCGACGUGGCCCGAGGCCGGCAUCUCGUGGCUACAAGAGACAUCAGACCAGGAACUGUACUCAUCGUCGACUGGCCGUUUUCCUACAGCACGGACGCAUCGGCUCUCGCCAGAAAUUGUUUGCAUUGCCAUGUCACACUUAAAUCAGGGGAUAGCGUUAGAAUACCGUGCCGUAAUUGCCAAACAGUGUCCUUCUGCACGGAAACGUGCCGCAGAGAAGCCUGGGAAAGGUAUCACCGAUACGAGUGUUCGGUAUUCGACUACUUCUUUGAGAAUGCCGCGAAUAACAAGUGUCAGCAGAGCUCUCUUUUGCUCGCCUAUCGGACGACAGUUUUGCAAGCGUUUUCGGCGGACACUUCGAAGCUGAGCAGCGGAAGGGCCGAAUGUGCUUUGGAUCCUGAUUUCCUGCGCUAUCACGCGGAUAACGGCAAUACGAAGGCCGAGGACGACGACAUUGGCAAAAAAUGCACGGAGUUGGGCACGAAGAAGCUGUACAACCCUCUCGACUAUCGGACGGUGCUCCAACUGGAGACACAUUGCGCCGAUGUGGAACCUAACGUGAAUCUGGUUCGAGCGAUCGAAGCGGUCUUCCUCGCGAAAUGCCUGAUUUCCGUGCUGAACAAACUGGACGUCGUCUGCACGAAGGAAAUAUUCGUGCCGUUGGCCGUGGCCAUGCUGCGUCAUUUGCAGGCGAUCGAUUGCAACGCAUACGAAAUCAUCGAGAAUGUCUACGACGAGACGACUCGCGUCUGGGAGCCCAGGAAUAUCGGCGGCGCGAUUUACACUACGGUCAGUCUUGUGAAUCACAGUUGUUAUCCCAAUGUGGUACGUCACUCUUAUCCGAAUGGAACAGUCGUGGUCAGAGCACUGCGCUGCAUCAGAAAGGAAUCCGAGAUACUCGAUUGCUACGGGCCGCAAUUUCUCAGCGAGAGCAGACUGACCAGACGCGAAUUCCUAUGGAAGAAGUAUCGGUUUCUGUGCAAGUGCGACGCCUGCACGCACAAUUGGACAUUUCCGUUAUCCGAAACGGUGAAUUACAAAUGUACGGCGUGCUCCGAACCGCUGGAUUUCUCAGUGAUGAGCGCAAACGCUGCGCAAAAGGUGACGACGCGAUGCGCCAAGUGCGAGAGAACGAUCGACCUGCGGAAGAUCGAGAAACAACUUCACAAAUCGAUUCAGAAGAGACUGAACGCCAUCGCCAAGAUGUAUCAGGGCAAUCAUAGAGACGCGAUGCCUCUGCUAUUCGAACACGCGCACUUUGUCAAUAAAUAUUUGGUCGAGCCUAACAUAGAGAGCAUUAAAACGGAACAGUCUAUCGUCCAGUGCUACAAUUCUCUCGGUUCUAUCUCCGUGUGACGAUCUCUCGGCUCGUAACGGUUGUUUAUACAGCAAGUGCGAAACAAUCGUUUAAAAUGUCUGCAGUGAAACCGCGAAAAAGAGAAAAAAA